CGGCCCUAUCGCUGCCGGAAGCGGCAGUUGGGCUCGCGGCCGGCGCGCGGCGGGACAUGGCGGAUUCGCUCAGCGUGCGGCCGUGGAAGCGGCGGUCGGAGCCCGCGUUGGAACCUGAGCCCGAGCCAAAGCCCCCUCUCCUCCGCGCCUCUCCUCUCAGCCACGGUGCCGGCAGCGAUUCUGGCCUCUCCGACAGUGAGGAGAGUAUGUUCUCAGGUCUGGAAGAUUCUGGCAGUGACAGCAGUGAGGAUGAUGAAGAAGACGAUAAGAAGGGAAAGGAUGGAGCCGGCAGUGACGAGGGCCCUGGUGGGAUGGAGAAGACCACCGAGGAGCAGGUGCAGGCUGACACCGAUCGCCCCAGGAUGGAGAUGGCUAAUGUCCAGACUGCAGAUGAGUAUGCCGAGGACAGCUCUGAUGAGGAGGACAUCCGGAACACGGUGGGCAACGUGCCCCUGGAGUGGUAUGAGGACUUCCCCCAUGUGGGCUAUGACCUGGAUGGCAGGUGCAUCUACAAGCCCCUGAGGACCCAGGAUGAGCUGGAUCAGUUCCUGGACAAGAUGGACAACCCUGACUACUGGCGCACCGUGCAGGACCCAAUGACAGGGCGGGACCUGAGGUUGACCGACGAGCAGGUGGCGCUGGUGCGGCGGCUGCAGAGCGGCCAGUUUGGGGACACAGGCUUCGACCCCUAUGAGCCGGCUGUCGAUUUCUUCAGUGGGGACGUCAUGAUCCACCCGGUGACCAACCGCCCAGCCGACAAGCGCAGCUUUAUCCCCUCCCUGGUGGAGAAGGAGAAGGUCUCUCGCAUGGUGCACGCCAUUAAGAUGGGCUGGAUCCAGCCCCGCCGGCCCCGAGACCCCACCCCCAGCUUCUAUGACCUGUGGGCUCAGGAGGACCCCAACGCUGUGUUGGGGCGUCACAAGAUGCAUGUGCCUGCACCCAAGCUGGCCUUGCCUGGCCAUGCCGAGUCGUACAACCCACCCCCCGAAUACCUGCUUGGCGAGGAGGAGCGCGCAGCAUGGGAACAGCAGGAGCCGAGCGAGAGGAAGCUGAGUUUUUUGCCACGCAAGUUCCCGAGCCUGCGGGCUGUGCCUGCCUACGGACGCUUCGUCCAGGAACGCUUCGAGCGCUGCCUCGACCUGUACCUGUGCCCUCGGCAGCGCAAGAUGAGGGUGAACGUAGACCCCGAGGACCUUAUCCCCAAGCUGCCUCGGCCGAGGGACCUGCAGCCCUUCCCCACCUGCCAGGCCCUGGUCUACAGGGGCCACAGUGACCUUGUCCGCUGCCUCAGUGUCUCUCCUGGGGGACAGUGGCUGGCUUCAGGCUCCGAUGAUGGCUCCCUGCGGCUCUGGGAGGUGGCCACUGCCCGCUGUGUGAGGACUGUGCCUGUUGGGGGCGUGGUGAGGAGUGCGGCCUGGAACCCUAACCCUACUGUCUGCCUGGUGGCUGUGGCUGUGGAGGACUCGGUGCUACUGCUGAACCCGGCUCUGGGGGACCGGCUGGUGGCAGGCGGCACGGAUCAGCUGCUGAGUGCCUUCAUCCCACCUGAGGAGCCCACCUUGCAGCCCACCCGCUGGCUGGAGGCCUCGGAGGAAGAGCGCCAAGUGGGCCUGCGGCUACGGAUCUGCCAUGGCAAGCCAGUGACGCAGGUGACCUGGCAUGGACGUGGGGACUACCUGGCCGUGGUACUGGCCACCCAGGGCCAUGCCCAGGUGCUGAUCCAUCAGCUGAGCCGUCGCCGCAGCCAGAGCCCGUUCCACCGCAGCCACGGGCAGGUGCAGCGGGUGGCCUUCCACCCUUCGAGGCCCUUCUUGUUGGUGGCGUCCCAGCGCAGCAUCCGCCUCUACCACCUGCUGCGCCAGGAGCUCACCAAGAAGCUGAUGCCCAACUGCAAGUGGGUGUCCAGCCUGGCUGUGCACCCGGCAGGUGACAACAUCAUCUGUGGGAGCUACGACAGCAAGCUGGUGUGGUUUGACCUGGAUCUUUCCACCAAGCCAUACAGGGUGCUGAGACACCACAAGAAAGCUCUGCGAGCUGUGGCCUUCCACCCCCGGUACCCACUCUUCGCAUCAGGGUCGGAUGACGGCACUGUCAUCAUCUGUCAUGGCAUGGUGUACAAUGACCUUCUGCAGAACCCCCUGCUGGUUCCUGUCAAGGUGCUGAAGGGACACAUGAUGACCCGAGACCUGGGAGUGCUAGACGUCAUCUUCCACCCCACUCAGCCGUGGGUCUUCUCCUCGGGGGCAGAUGGGACCAUCCGCCUCUUCUCAUAGUUCUGCCGCCUGCCUUGGGGCCGGGGCAGUUGUGCUGGAGUCAAUAGAGGCUUUUCCCUGUGC